CAUAUUUCCACCUAACUGCCAUAUUUCUUAAAAGCAGGCUCAGAAUUUGAGGUGUGUAAUCUUUAUCUAGAACCAAAUAUCUGCUCACUUGCUCUUUACAAUGAAGUUCUUGUUGUCUCUCGGUAUCAUCUGGACUCUCCUCAACACAGCUGAAGCACUUGAUUGUCUGAUGUGCAGGGAUUUUCCUCAGUGCGAAGAUACAUUUUCAGGCAACUGUUCCUCCGAUGAGCUAUGUGCUACAGCUGCCAUCAGAUUACAGCAGAUGGGAAGUUCUCUAUCGGUCAUCCGCAAGACAUGUGUGUCACCCUCGUUGUGCGAUGUUGGAAAUGGGACAUUUUCAGGAAGCUUGGGUUUCAUGAGAGUAGUUGGCUCUGUUCAAUGUUGCGACACAGAUAACUGCAACUCUCAAACUCUGCCUAUCCCUGCUGACCAAGAGAGUAACGGCUUUGAGUGUUACUCCUGUGACAGCUCCACAUGCAGACACAAAAUUCAGUGUGUUGGGGUGGAGGACCGCUGCUUUAAUGGAAAUGUGACCCAUUGGAACACUUGGGCCCCUACCGUCCAUGUCUUUGGCUGUGCAUCCUCAAACCUGUGUGUAGCUUUUUCUCACCUGUCUUCUGCGUCUCUGCCUGGCUUUGACUUAAAUGGACCAAACUGCUGUGAGGGCAAACUCUGUAACUGAGUCCUGAUGACCAGGCUGAGUGUUUUCCCUCUGUUGCUCGGACUCAUUUCCCUGAUUUUCAUCUAUUAGAACACAGGGUAGGACAUACACAGAUACUGGUGUUAUCAUACAAAAAUGUAGGAUACAUGUUAUCAGGUUAAAAUAAAGAAAAAUUAAAAAAAAAAAAAAAAAAAAAAAAAAAGUGCACUUUAGCAGAGUGCAGAUCUCCACCAGGUGUAUCUCCCCUUUUCUGGACUAUAGGCUAACCUAUGUUCUGAGCAAAACUCAGGAGGGACUCAGCAGCCAAUUGUACUGUCAAGUGCUUUGCUAAUCACAAAUUAAAUUACUGCAUGAUUUAAAAAUAAUAGAGUACAGUGCAAAAAAUUAUAUAUUGUAAAAAUCCCAAAGCCUCUCAUGUUUACCUGUUUAUUGCUCUCUCUGUAUGUUGCAUUUUAUUACACACUUAGCAGAAACAUAAUGAUGAUAAUUACCCAGACAAAAGACAUUCACUAGUCUAAUGAAACUGUAUGACAGGAUUUCAGAUCAAUCGUGAGCUGCACAUUUUGCUGUCACUGUUGUGCAUGCCUUCCUAAAUGAUUAAAUAAAUAAAAAAAAUUGUCUGUAGAUCACAGCGUUUCCUGGUUUGUCUGCAGUAUCUCAUUUUGAAAUGAUUUGUUGGGAUUUUGAUGCAGUCUCACCUGAAAAGGACACACACUUAGAAGCACAGUAAAAAUGUGAGUGACCCAGUGAUGAUGAGUUUCAUCUAUAAAGCACAGGCCUACAAAUGAUGUACAACCAAGAAGGCUUGCACGCACAAUUUGUUUUUGUUUUGGGGUUUAAAUAAUUAUCAAGCUGUGUUGGAAGGGAGGAGAUACUACUGAAACAAAGAAAGUGAAAAAUGAAAGCACCGUGCAGGAGGUGUGCUUGAAAGUUCUGACAGCUCUGUGGAAACCACAGGCUUUCAUAUCAUGAUUGUACAUUUUCUAAUGUAAGGCUGUACUGAAGAAACCACCAUUUCUUGUUUGUUUGAUUUCACCAGCCCAUGUGUC